UACUUGAGGCUGAUGCGUAUGCAGCGGCAUCUGUAUUUUCGCAUGUGGUACACAUAGAAAGUAUUGCAGAGACGGGCUGGCUAGACUCUUAUCGAAAUUUCGUAUAGUAUAGAAAGAUGUUUAUGGUCUAUCUGAUACCUAUCUAUCUAGUACGAUCGAUCCAGUCAUUCAGUCUCUUCGCCAGGUCUUUAUGGAAUUCUAUUCUAUUAGAGCAGGUCGGUCUAGGUGGUUGCUAUUGCUCCUGAUAAAUUCGUUCUUUCGUUUGUGCAUCUUUCUCCCAUGCUUUCCGUUGGUUAACAACCAACCACAGCUCUCUAUAGUUCUUUACUACUCGUAUAGGCUUGACGGAGUUAAGCUGUCUCGAGGGAAUCAUUUUUUCUCAAUCAAUCAUGCCUCAACUGGAUAAAUUCAUUUAUUUUACACAAUUCUUCUGGUCAUGCCUUUUCCUCUUUACUUUCUAUAUUGCCAUAUGCAAUGAUGGAGAUGGAGUACUUGGGAUCAGCAGAAUUCUAAAACUACGGAACCAACUGGUUUCACACCGCGAUAACAACAUUCGGAGCAAUGACCCCAAGAGUUUUGAAGAUAUCUUGAGAAAAAGUUUGAGCACCGGUGUAUCCUAUAUGUACUCCAGUUUAUUCGAUGUAUCCCAAUGGUGUAAGGCCGUCGACUUAUUGGGAAAAAGGAGGAAAAAAACUUCUUUCUCUUCUUUCUCUGAAAUAAGUGGCUCACGAGGAAUGGAAAGAAAAGGGUCAGGGAUUUGCCGACGGAGGCGACCCCUUUUCUUCUAAGAAUAGGAAAGCCCU